AUGUCAAGCUCAACAGGUAUAAAGAAGCACACCGAUUCACUACCCUCCAAUCUUGCCAAUCCGACCAUCCACAUUACUUCUCACGACCCAGCCACAGCCAAAGCAGUGGUACACUCAUCGAAAAAGAACCCAUGGACUUACUUUCGAGACGAUACAGUCGGGUUCAAUGUGGUCUACACAACUGGCAAAUUCCCCGUCUCGCUGAAUGAUGAGGUUGACAUCAAAGCACAUGAGCAGACGAUUGAGUCCGGAACUCUAGGCCUUGUUAAACCCGGCGGUACAGUCUGCCGCAUCGUCGACUUUGGACCGGGCAAUGCUCCGCUCAUGCACCGUACACAAAGCCUCGACUAUGGCAUCGUCCUAGAGGGUACGGUUGAGAUGCGUCUAGACGAUGAAUCAGUCACAAUCCUCAACAAAGGUGAUAUCGCAGUUCAGAGAGGAACGAUGCACGAAUGGAGCAAUCAUCACAAGAACGAAUGGGCCAGAAUGUUGUUUGUGCUGCAAGACAGUGAGCCCGUUAUUGUUGCAGGUCAAAGAUUGAAAGAGGAUUUGGGUGGAAGCCAUAGCGAUGUGCCACCAAGUAGAAAUGACCAAUGA